AUGCCCGCCACCGUACAAGCAAGAAGAGACUCGGCAGAGUCUAUUAACACAGACAUCAUCACAUUGUCCCGGUUUAUCCUGGAAAGCCAACGUUACGAUGCCAAAAACGCUACCGGGGAGUUCUCAAUGCUGCUGAACUCGCUGCAAUUUGCUUUCAAGUUCAUCUCGCAGACAAUCCGGCGCGCAGAAUUGGUCAACCUCAUGGGACUCGCAGGUGCAUCCGUCAAUUCCACCGGCGACCAGCAGAAAAAACUGGACGUCCUGGGAGAUGAAAUCUUCAUCAACGCAAUGCGGGCCAGUGGGAACGUCAAAGUGUUGGUUUCCGAAGAACAGGAAGAAUUGAUGGUUUUCCGCCACAAUCCAGCCACAUACGCAGUUUGUUGCGACCCAAUUGACGGAUCUUCGAAUUUGGACGCCGGUGUGUCGGUUGGAACAAUCGUAUCGCUUUUCAAAUUGACCCCAGGGUCGCAAGGCAGCACCAAAGACGUGUUGCGUCGCGGUGACAAUAUGGUGGCCGCUUGCUACGCCAUGUACGGUGCUUCCACGCAUCUCAUGCUCACCACGGGCAAAGGUGUCAACGGAUUCACGCUAGACACAAAUUUGGGCGAGUUUAUUCUCACGUACCCAGAUCUGAAGCUACCUUUGCAGCAUCCAAUAUACUCCGUCAAUGAGGGAAACUCUGUUUACUGGGAAAACUUCAUUCAGCAGUUUUUCCACAACUUGAAAAUACCCCAGGAAACUCCCGAGGGCAAACCUUACUCUUCGCGUUACAUCGGAUCCAUGGUUGCAGACGUUCAUCGUACCCUAUUGUACGGCGGACUUUUCUCCUAUCCUUGUGACAAGAAAAACCCCAAGGGAAAGCUACGUCUACUGUACGAAGCGUUCCCUAUGGCCUUUCUAGUCGAGCAAGCCGGAGGUAAAGCCGUCAACGACAAAGGUGAGAGAAUUCUCGAUUUGACCCCAGAACACAUUCACGACAAAAGUAGCAUCUGGCUGGGUAGUAGCCAGGACAUCGACCGGUUUUUGAAGCAUAUUGGCAAAUAA